AUGGUAGUGCCCUUUACCAUUCAUGAAGUAGCCGGAGGGCCCGAGACUACCUCAUUCAAGCAAUCCUCCACUCGGGCCUCAAUCCGCGGCGACGGUACGGCUUUAUUCGUCCAGACCCGCGAUCUGAAGACAUCCUUCACAGAGUCGCUGGGACUCUUCACGAUGGUUGGCGCAAUCUUCAUGGUAUCGGCUGUAGCGGUAUUUUGGCACCAAUAUCUCGACCGACACGAUAUAAUGAUCACUGCGAAGAAAUCGCUGUUAUGUAUCGCUCUUCACGCCUUAGGGGCCAGUCGAUUGGUAUUAUCUGCUCCUAUGCAAUCGGCGCGCGCCGCGGAUGACGUGGCGCAUCUGGGCCGCCAAUCUGCAGGCCUUCAUGGUGAAGAGAUCGAACAAGUGGGAGUAGGAUAUAAUGCAGCCGGCCAAUCGAGCAGCGAUGUGCAACGUGGAAUCGGCCAUGAAAUUUCAGAAGACCGAGGGAAUCAUCAUACAUCCGCAAAAGAAUCCAUCGAUUCGGAAAGCGAUAAGAUUGGAGAUAUGGACCAGGUAAUCCGAGAAGAAUACCGUUAUAUUUCUGAUCAGGAUUUAGCACGGCUUAUGUCCAGUAUGGCCGAUCUUAGUGAUUCGGUCACACAAAAAGGUUUGUCCUACCUUCUACCACGCAUAGGCCAUCUUCAGAAGAUGUCAAACAAGUAUACUGCCUGGAUUCAAAAGUUAGAAAUGAAUAAAAACAUCUAUGAAAAAGGAUUCGUGCAAGGUAUUAAGGAAUAA